AUGGCAGCGGGCGCAAGUACACGCCCUAGCCUCUUGCCGCCGCGCCCAUCAGCUAUUGCGGAGCUGCCAGAGGCUGCGCAACAAGAAGGUGAUCUUCAAUGGCCAGAAGAUCAAACAGAUGAAGAAAGCAGUGAGACUGACAGUGACGAUCCUAACUGGCACCUCACUGUUGUUUUCUCAGUGCAUGCCCCUCCUGCAGAAGGACAAGUCAAUCAGGUCAACCAGCACCUUGCUAGACGAAACAUCGCACGCAUUGCUGGCAUUGAUCACCAACAACUCCAAGCAGUCCAUCGAAUUCCACAUCCACCACGAGACCUGCAGGACAGAAGAGUUCAUGCCCAGCUAGCGCAGCAUUGUGAUGAUCUGCCAUCGACUUCUCGCUUGGCCUUUGUCCUCUUUGAUGUGGAGUUUCAUCCACAGGCGCCGUCAUGGGAGGUCGAGAGAGUGAGAAGCCCUGUGUAUGUCCCGACAGUCUUGUCGAGGCAUCAGAUGCUGCGUGUCAUGGACGUCUUUCUCUACGCCCAAUUUGUGCGCGAUACCUGUUUGGUCUGGCACAAUGGCAUCUUAGUACACCAAGAUCAAAGAAUCUACAGAAGACUUUAUCAUGGUGAUUAUGUGCGCAUUGCCCUGCCGCCGCCAUUGAUACCCAUGAGAAAUGUGCCAACGCGCUGUGUAGCAAGACUGCUUCAAAUGGGGGUUGAUCACCCAGAUCUCGAAGCAUUCUACUGGGUCUCAAAUGUUGAUGAUGACCUUGAACACAUGCCAAUGCACUACAGUGUGGUCUCUGACGUCGAAUCCUCUGAAGAAGGCGGCUCUGUUUCAUCCAUGAGCCUUUUGCAGACAUCAAUUCGACCCAAAAAUAGAGGUCUGACGAGCAUGUGGCACAACUGUGAAGAUUUUGAGGCACUUCGUCUUCAAUACUGUCAGCAGAGAGAAGCGCCGGAAUUGCCUCAUCCAGCAGUAAGGCCACUUCAAGAUUUGCCAUGGUUUGAACAACAACUUUUGCCGCUUUGGGACAUCAGAGCACAACUCGGUCCUGGAGGAAUGGAAAGAUCCACCACUGUCAUCACUUGGUACAAUGACCAUUUGCACCACCCACUUUGUGAUGACUCACGUGAAGUUCAAUUAUUUGACGAUGUGUUUGAGUGGAGAGGUCUUAUCCAGAGAACUUGGGCUGACCGCAUUGACCAAACAGAGGAGCUGCACUUCUUUGUUGUGCAUCCACCACCUUAUUGUGAUGAAUCGGCAGCGGCAGCACACAUUGUCCUGGUGCAAAGGCCCAACCCACACUUCAAAUCGUUGCAUGUUGCUGUGAUGGACGAUUUUGUUGCUCGGGGAUAUCCAAGGACUUGGGUUUUGAUGAUGCCCAAUGUCAUCACGCUUCAGCACUGCAUCGACAUCAUGGGCUACCAUGCGAUUUGUCUUCCGCAGACGCCAGGACUCCAUUGUAGCCUGUGGCAUGGUGAUGAUGAAGUCACAUUGGUGGGUGGCAUUGCUACCACACAUGGUAUGUCUCUGACGUUGAUUGUUCAGAGGAGCUACCUGGGCGGUGUCAACCCAUGGACUGAUGAGGAGCAACUCACAUUACUGCAAACUCGUCAGAUCAAGCGCACUUUGAGUUUGGAGCAACUUGUGCACGAGGAUCCAACUCCCAGCCUUGUGGCUGUGCGACUUCUUGCGGGUGUUGGUUAUCUUUCUCUACCACAAUUUGUUGAAGUACUGGCACCCUUCGAUCAGACCAGCAUUGAAGAUGAGCUAAGAUGCUGGGGACAUGAAUGCAAGCGCGCAGUUUUUCAACGACAACAAGUGGCGGUGUGUUAUCCAGCAGCGAUUUCAGCUGCCUCCAGACCAGCGAUUGCCUUGUAUCAGGCCAUUGAUCCUGCUGUCCACUCUGAUUUCAUAGUGGAUGACAAAAUUCUGGCGGAGGACGAGAUUGGCCAUAUGCGAUUUCUCUACCAACAGGGGUUUUGGCGAGCCUGCAUGGGUGCGACAUUUGAGGCAGAGAAUUUCCCUGUCCAGCUUCACACUUUCCACAAUUGUGAAGUAAACAUGCACGUGGAAGCAGCGACGCGUCAGCCUCUGCCUUGGCCUGCCAGGCUGCCGGCUCUGGAACACCCCAAGCCACUCUUUGAUUUUGAGAAGAUAUCAACAAUUUCUACUGACUGCAAAUUACAUUUGGACAUCACCUUGGAUGACCUGUCAGCAUUUUUCCAUUCAGCGAGUGACAUCCUGUGCCCAACAUUGGACGGAGUUGACCUUCCUCCACACAUCCAAGAGGCGCUUGAUUGUUGCCAGCCCCUUCAACAAGUGGAUCGAUUGCUGAUCUAUUGUGAUGGCAGUUCUCUUCCUGAACAGAGACGUGCUCCGCCACAACGUGCAGAAGAGCGAGGCAAAGGGGACACAUGGGCCUUUCUUGUCCUUGCUGAAGAAUAUAGCCAGGAAAGCGUGCCCAAACUCAACUUCAUUGGUUGGACAGCGCAGCCUGUCCUCUUUGAGGCUGGAGCCCCACAUCACAUAGGCUCCACUUCCAUCGGAAGUGAAACCAGUGAGAGGGAGGCAUUAUUCUGGUCGGCCUUGUGGCGGCUUGCGCAGAACCACAAUCUGCCAACUACGUUCUGUACCGACUCAGUUCUAGCAGAACGACAAGGAGCCGGCCUUCAUGGUGCAAGAGAUGUCUCGAAGUCCUACCGCAUGCUGAGGGCCAGUUUCCAAGCUUUGGAGACGACAUUGAGCUCGGAAUUCCUCUCAGCGACCCACGUCCGUGGACACAGCGGGGACCCAUGGAACGACCUUGUAGACAUUCUUGCGAAGCAAGAAAGGCAGAAAAGCUUUUAUUUGGCCAGGCAAAAGGUCGAUAUGAACCAUUUGUGCCCUAUUCUGCCCUUCUUUUGGUGGAUUCUUUCACAUGACCCAAGCUUGCCGAGCUUCCAUGGAACGUAUUUUGAUGUUGGCCCACCGAAUUUGCCAGUCGAACAGGUCCCUUUGACCUGUGAAGCAAAUGACACUCCUACAAUCCACAGCAUGCGAUUGAGUUUCGGUAGCUGCAAUGUAGCCUCCCUUUAUGGAGGUGACAAUGGUUGUGGAGGCAAAGUCCAACUGCUGCGGGAUCAGAUGAUUGCUUUCAACUUCAACUUCUUGGGGCUUCAGGAAACACGUUGCCCAGAAAUCUGCAGCACAGUUGACAAUGUUUACAGACUUGGCGGUGGAGCAGACAGGGGACAUUGGGGGGUCGAACUCUGGCUGAAUCUAGCUCAACCUAUUGGCUACGUUGGCGACUCACCUAUUUACUUGACCGCUCAAGAUGUCCAAGUUGUCCAUCGUACGCCACGACUGCUGAUUGUCAAAAUUGAUUGCCCAGCUUGGCAUGCUUGUCUGGUUGUCGGCCAUGCACCCCAAAGUGGACAGCCUGAAACUGACCGUGUCCAAUGGUGGCAAGAGCUGAUUGAAAGACUUCAACAGUUAGAUGAUGGAUCUCCCAUCUUCACCAUGCUGGAUGCAAAUGCGGCUCCUGGAGAAUCUGAUGGACGAAGUGUUGGCGGUACCACUUUCUGUACCACCAAGAGCACACCAUUGCUGCGACAGUUCCUGGAUUGCUUUGAUCAGAACCACAGGAUGACUCAGCAGGCAGUUACACAAUAUUUGGCCACCAUGCGUUGCUGGCGCCUGAAGCUUGGCAUCCGCCUUUCCACUUUGGCUGUCAGAAUGAAGCGCCAGCUCCAACACGCACGAAAGCUGGCCCUUGCCAAGUCACUGCAAGAGUUACCAGCAACAGCGUCGGCCAACAUGAUCUUGCAGACCGUCAAAGAGCACAUUGGCUCCACCAACUUGCGCCAUCUCAAGCGCAAAACGCUUCCCAUCCUUGAAGAUGAUGAUGGUGAGCUUUGCGUACUCCCGGCACAAGCUUUGGAUCGCUGGAUCAGAUUCUUUGGAGACAUGGAAGGCGGCCAACGCCUUGAUGCUUCUACUCAAUGGCAGAUCUGGCGUGACAACCUCGUUGCAUUUAGGCGCACUCACAUUGACCAGCAUAUCACAGAUCUACCAACGCUGACAGACCUGGAAAUGGCAUUUCGCAGAGUUCCUCGAAAGAAGGCCAGUGGAUUAGAUCAGCUGCCGUCAGAGCUUUGUGGUGCUUGUCCUUGUGAGCUUGCCAGACAAAACUAUGGUGCCCUUCUCAAACUCUGCCUACACGGGCAGGAAUCUUUGUGGCAUAAAGGUGGCAUCCUUUACCCUGCACACAAAGGAAAGGGGCCUCUCAGUGAUCCCAAAGCCUAUCGGAGCCUUCUUGUUAGCUCCCACGUGGGGAAAGCCCUGCAUCGGACUAUCCGACAGACGCAGGCAGGCCUCCUGGAAAGCUACAUGAUGAGAUCCCAACUUGGGGGCAAAAGACAUGUCCCGGUGACAUUGGGUCUGCAUGAGGCGAGAGCCUACCUGCGUGCCGCUGCAGCCAAAGGGCACUCUGCCAUUUUGUUGAUGGUUGAUUUGGUGGAAGCGUUCUACCGAGUGUUGCGUCCACUGGCGUUGGGAAGUGAUUACAGGGACGAUGACAUUGCAAGAAUCGCGCAGAAGUUGCGUCUCCCUGACGAUGUCUUGCACCAGCUGCAUGCACACCUGGCAGAUCCCUCCGCGCCUGGAGACUCAUUUGCGGAUGUGGUCUUUACGUUCCUCUUUACGAGAGUGUUGGAGAAUUUCCAUAGCAAACUCCAACAGCAUGAGCUCCAGGAAUACAUCCAGAUUGACCGCAGUUUUGAUCCCUUUGGACAUGGCGAUUCUGCUGAGAACUCCUGGGAAGUCUAUUCAGGCCCAGUCUGGAUGGAUGACCUCACGGUAGUCCUGAGUGCCGACCAUGCGGAUGCAGCCAUACAGAGAGCAGGAAUUGUGUCUUCCAUUCUGCUUGACACUCUUGCAGAGCAUGCCAUGACCCCCAACUUGCAGAAAGGCAAAACAGCCCUCCUUUUAGCUUUGAAAGGAAGAGGCUCCAGACGCAGAAAAACACAGUUCUUCGGCCCCAACAGCCCUGGCACCAUGACGGUCAUUGGGGAGCACAGCACAAACCAUCUCUCAGUUGUUGGAGAAUAUGUUCACCUCGGAGGUGUCCUCCAUCACUCUGGGGAUCAUCGGAAAGAGAUGAGGCGCAGAGUUGCGAUGGCGCAUCAGACUUUCAAUGCCCACAGGCGCCCCAUCUUUCAAAAUGCUGCGCUGCCCCUUGAUCGCAGAGUCCAAUUGUUCCAGACUUUAGUGCUUAGUCGACUCCUGUAUGGCAGCGAAUCCUGGCACCUGAAAGAUGUCAAGUCCAAAGGGUUUCUGCACACCUCCAUCAUCAAGCUCUACAAAAGAUUGCUGCGAUUGCCUCCAGAUGCUACCUGGACUGAUGAAGAUGUUUGCGUCGCUCUUCAAUUGCCGACGCCCACAGAGCUCCUCCGACGAGUGCGCUUGCGCUAUCUGGGGACACUUCAUCAGUGUGAAGACACGGUCUCAUGGAGGGUGCUGCACAACGACACGGCAUGGUGCGCAGUUAUUGUUGACGACCUACAGUGGUUUGGGAGGCAAAUCUGCACGUGCAUGUACCUCCCUGACCCGGCAACCAACUUGGAACCAUGGCGAUAUCUGUGGCGCUUUCAUCAGCCAUACUGGAAGGGUCUCAUACGCAGAGCUUUUCUUCAUGCAGCGCUUCAGCGACAAAACCAGCUCCUUGUGCGACAGAGUUUUGAUUUUUUUCUGAACACCAUGAAAGAAGAGCGAAUCACCUGCAGUCCGCUGCCGGAGCCACGAGACAUUCCAGCACAGUCAUGGCCAGGGUUCUAUGGAUGUUUUUGUUGUAAGAAAGCCUUCAGAAGUCGAGGAGGAGAAGGAGCGCAUAUGUUCCGUUGUCAUGGCCUCAUCUCCACGCUACGAUGGCUUUUUGAUACGACAGCUUGCCCAUCAUGCCUGAGAGAGUAUCAUACAUUUGGUCGUUUGAAAGCACAUUUGCAUGUGAAUUCUCAAUGUCGGCUGCGAUUGCAAAACAGGCCUAGCCUGCCUGCUCCGGCCGCCGGGCUUGGCUCCACUGAGAACUCUGCACUUGAGCAUAAACAUGAUGGUCUGGUACCUCCGCUACCAGGGUUAGGCCCUCAACUGCCUGAUGCUCGCAUGAGAGAGGUUGAACAAUUUGACCUCGAGUUGUAUGCGAAAGUGACAGAGCUCUUCUUGCAGCAUGGCCCUGAGGAACAUGCACAAGCGCUCACUGACUUCUUGAUGGAACAGCCCAUCUCAUGGACGUCAUGCUGCCACACCCUACGUGCAUUGCAGACCCAUGCGACAGAGGAAGACGCCAGGGCUUUUGGAUAUGACCACCUGCCGCCUUUUGUCUCCUUCCUUGCUGGUUUCAUUGACCCUCGGAAAUGGGAUUUUUUGCAGGUUCAGGCCCCACAGCCCUGUCAGCCAGAAAUUGAGGAGUUGGAACAG